AUGGCCCAUCUGCUUGGUUGGAAAGACAUUCUUAGGCCAAUCCGCGAUGGAUACCGCCAUCUCUUUCCUACCCCCGACACUGGGCCAACGCCUGAAGAGCGACGCAGACAGCGCCAAGUAGAUCGCCUGAAGGGCUUCGCCUACUUCGAUACAUUCGAGCAGUUGGAGUCGUGGAAGGAAGACGAUUCUGAUCCGCUGCAACGAGCCAACACGCCGCUGCUACGCGGGACCGACGGCAUUGAGAGGGGCGGCGUCGUCAAAGUCCCCGUUCUAUUAAUCCAUGACUACUCUGGCAAUUACCAUGACUACGAAAGCAUCAACGCUGUUGACGUGGACAGAGAGUUUUAUUCGUGUGAAUACCUCCAGUUUGUUGAUACCUUCAUUUACUUCUCGCAUAAGUUGGCUUGCGUUCCGCCGCCUACAUGGGUCAAUUUGCUUCAUAGAAAUGGCGUCGAGGUGUUAGGAACGCUGUUGAUUGAGCCGCAGACUGAGGGUUCGGAACGUUUGUUACAGCAUACGUUUGACCAAGCCGGAGAGAUGCACUUCCCCAUGGCGAAGAAACUAGCUAGCAUCGCGACGCACUUUGGCUUCGAUGGCUGGCUAGUCAACAUCGAGAAGCCGUUUCCAAGCGAAUCGUGGAGUGCAAAGCUUCUCGAAGCUUUCCUGCUCCAGUUGAAAGCCAACCUAGGAGUCGGUCUUGACCCCAAGUCAGCUGGCAAGCGGCUCAUAUGGUACGACGCCCUCACCACCUCCAACAAAAUCUCUUACCAGAACCAAGUCAACAACUCCAACAUGGACUUUGCCUGUGCAUGCAGCAACAUACUCACAAACUAUUGCUGGAAAGAUAUUGACGUCUCCGAAUCAUUAAAGUGGAGCUUGUACAGCAAACUCCUACCCAAGGGAAACAUCUACUUCGGUGUGGAUGUCUGGGCACAAAACAAGUCUGAUUUCAGGCAUCCACGCGUUACAUGGCCAGAGGUUGGAGGUGGAGGUACCAAUACCGGGAUGGCUGUUAGGAAAAUAGCCGACUAUUGCUUGUCAGUAGGUAUUUUUGCGCCUGCGUGGUCGUUUGAGCAUUUUCCAGAUCAUGGACGCCAUCUUGAACGUGCUGUCUGGGAAGGUGAAUCGCUGCCAGACAACAUCCAGUGUAGUUGCGGAGAUUGCGAGUUUCGGCAUCCGCUGAACAGAGAGUGGCCCAUUUUGCGUACGGCGAAGGAGCGCGUGGCGGGCUCAGAGCACCUAUUCUACACGGAUUUUAGUCGUGCUUUCGGAACAUAUCGAGAAAAGGCAAACGACAGGUUUGAUGGCCACGACAUACACGCACAACUAGGCCAGCAAUCCGUACUGCCCCGUCCAGCCAUUCUCGCACCUGGUUCGGGAGCCGUCACACUCUCACACCGCAUCGAAAAUGAACAAAAUAGCCACAUCCUAGUAAUCACCGCCACACAGAACCGCCCAACCGAUCCGGAAACGAUAGAAGAACACCUUCCCCUCUAUAAACUUGACAUGCCCGCAGACGGCUCCCUCCAUCUUUCUGCCGUACCAAGCCCCGCAUCCCCAUCCUACAUAACCCCACAAACAACAGAUGCGGUCAUAAGCAUCUAUUUCAAAACCACGCAAGGGACUCACUACCUCCCCUCACCUUUGUCCAGCGAUCCACAACGAUUAAUCGACCAAGUACCCAACGCCCGUAUCCGCGAACUAGGCGGUGUAUGCGUUGGAGUUUUGUAUUCGUCACGACCAUCGCCACGGAUUGGGACAUUUUUGCUUGCUCGGCAGCUUCACGCAACAAUUACCAUGUCAGGUCCGGCGAAACGCAAAGCCGAGAAGGACAUAUCGCCGCUGAAAGCGAAGAAGACAAGUAUAGAGACAAAAACAAGGACGGUAGUUCCUGCGUAUCAUCUCACCCCAUCAAGACAGGAUGAGUCUGGAGAUAUUGUAUGGCCCGCGAGAAAAGAGCAGAUUGAACGCGCUCGAGAAAUCAUCAGAAACUGCGCCUCAGCCCAGAAGCCAACCGUCAUCCUCCCUGACAAGGAUGCAGACGGACUCUCAUCUGGCGCCAUACUUCACCAUACCCUCACAGCUCUAGGUCUACGACCUGAUCUCAUAUCCGUAUAUUUCCCACCAAAAGGCUCGAACGUACAUGAUGAAAGUACAAAGGAAGCUUUGACAAAACUAUCUCCAUCAUACAUCUUCAUACUAGACCAAGGCAGCAGGAAAACGCCGCCAGUCGUCGACUUGCCGCAUACAUGCCUCGUCGUAGACCACCACUUUGCCGACGAAGGAGGAUUUCCAAAAGAUAGUGAUUACGUGACAGCUCACGACUGUCCGCCUGUUGCGACUAGUGCGCUGUUGACGUACACAAUCUGCUUACCACUCCAUCCGGAUCUCAACGACAAAGUGUCUUGGUUGUGUGCACUAGGGACCCACGGCGACCUGGGUAGCAGCAUAAAAUGGGAACCCCCUUUCCCCGACCUAACCGCGACUUUCAAAUCCCAUUCAAAGAAAUCCAUCAACGACGCCGUAGCCCUAGUCAACGCACCACGGCGGUCGGCAGCCUACAACGUGCAGGAUGCCUGGGAUGCCGUCAUAUCUGCCACCAAUCCCUUGGACAUUGCAAAGAAUGAAAAGCUUCACACCGCUUCCCUGGAAGUACGCCGUGAGACGGAGCGAUGCACACAUACGCCCCCCAAAUUCUCAGCCGACGCUACAAUCGCCGUUCUCACGAUAUCUUCUGCCGCGCAGAUUCAUCCUGUCAUUGCUACAAGAUGGUCUGGGACGCUCAAGUCGAAUAAGUUGGAGGUUGUCAUGUGCGCGAAUGAAGGCUAUCUUGCUGAUAAAGUCAACUUUUCGUGUCGUGUUGCCAAGUGUGCGCGGGCGAGGGGAGGAGAGGACAAAGUCGACAUCAUCAGCAAGCUAGAGAGCAUAGUUGCUGACAAUUCUGAGCUGAGAAGUAGGUUGGGUGAAAGCUUCGCAAGAGGGCAUAAAGAGGCUAGUGGGGGUAUCGUGGGGAAGGGAGAGUGGGAAGAGUUUAAGAAGUUGAUGGGUAUUGGAGAAGCGGCGAAGAAGAAGGCGGAUGCUAAGAAAGAGAAGGAGAAGCCUGCACAGAAGAAUACCUUGGCGAACUAUUUCGCGAAGAAAGAGAAGGUAAAGGUAGAGGGUGCGUGA